AUGACCCUUUUGCUUCAAUGUACAUCCCAUCCUCAUCUUCAAGGUCCGAAUCACACUACAAAUUCACAACAAGCCUAUGCAAUCCGAUUGGCAAAGGAAAGGCAACUGCAUCAGCAGCGUUAUAUUCAACAGCAGCAACAGCAGCUUGCUGCAACAAAUGCACCGAUUCCACAUGGUCAAGCACAAAGUUCCCAGGCCCAAUCACAAAGUUCAUCUCAGCAAGUAUCUGUUUCACCUGCAACACCAUCAUCUCCUUUGACUCCGAUGUCAUCUCAGCAUCAACAGCAAAAACAUCAUCUGCCACAACCUGGGUUCAGUAGAAAUCCUGGUUCUAGUGUGACUAGUCAAGCAGUGAAGCAACGACAACGGCAGGCACAACAGAGGCAGUAUCAACAGCCUGCGAGGCAGCAUCCUAAUCAGCCACAGCAUACACAGGCUCAACAGCAGGCUAAACUUUUGAAGGGAAUGGGAAGAGGAAACAUGUUGAUCCAUCAGAACAAUUCUGUUGAUCCUUCUCAUAUAAAUGGAUUAUCUGUAGCUUCAGGAAGCCAACCUGUUGAGAAAGGUGAUCAAAUUACACAAAAGCAGCAGGUCAUAACCGUUUCAAGUCAAUCAAAAUCAUGA